UCAUUCUCAGCUGAACUUUUGAUACAGCAGCUGUUUUGCCGGUAAUAAUUUUUACAACACGAGACGCGCCGUGUAGUAACUAACGCUUUAGAAUGAGUCAACAACUCAGUUUCAUCGGAUGUGUUCCCGGUUCCGCUGCUGUCUCUGAGAAUAUUUUAAGAACUAUUUCGAAGGAAAAUUUUGCGGCAACUCUGAGCUGCGAACUACGCGGCGGGUUCAAUUGUUCGAGCUGUGUUCCGAUGUGAUUCGAAUACUCUGGCAAAAGUUACAUAUUAUCGAGUAUUAAAUGAAAUCUAGUGUGUUUUGAAGUUUUGUGCAAUGGAAAUGAAGCAGGCCGUGGAAGAUUCAAUUGAGUUGACAGAAGUUGAAAAAGCCGCAAAAUCACAUUUCAGUCGAAUCAUAGCUGAAGGGUCGUCCAAACCUUGCGAUGUCGGUAGUCCAGCAGAUUUGGAAUUCCAACUUCCAGCCUGGUUCGAUGAGGAGAAAUUCAAAAGAGGUCAGAAAUAUUUUCGCGAUAAUCGUUUCGGAAUGAUGCUUUCUAACAUGUGUGGGCUGAUCUCGCUCCUGUCGGAUCCCAAAGGGCUUAACCUGCUGCACAACACCGGCAAAUCGAGCACACCGGAAACGGCACGCAAGCGAUACAUCUCGACGACCCUGCACAUGCUGUCGUGGUACGAGAUCGAUCUGACACCUGGCUCGAAAUCGUGGUUGUCGUUGCAGCGUGUCCGCAAAAUGCACCUGAGUGCAUCCAAUAGCUCCAGCAAAACUGAAGUAGGGUGCAUCAAUCAAAUGGAGGUAUCCUUCACGACAUUUGGUUUCAUGGGUUACGCGCUCAUUCGACCCCACCUGUUGGGGAUUCGUUCCGAUAAUGACGCCGACCGAGAGGCUUUCGUCCACUUUUGGGCCGUGAUGGGAUCCAUGCUGGGUGUCGAGGAUCAGUACAAUAUGUGCCUGCCCGACUUGGCCGUUGUAGAAAUGAUUUGCCGCAUAUUCCUACGGUACGUUUUCCUGCCGUUGAUCCAGUUUGAAUCUCCCUUGUUCAAACAAAUGGUAAAUGCUAUCAUGGACGGAUUGUCGGAGUUCAAUCCUGUAAUGUCGUACGGGAGUAUGUUAUGUUUCAUGAGGCGCGUAGCAGGAGUUCCCGGGUAUCAGUACAACGUUGACUUGGAAAAGGAAAUUAUUUGCCGUCCUAUAUUCAGUGCCAAUGAGCUGAGUGAGAUGAGGAAGUCGUUUGUACAUAACGCUUACUACGAAUGGAUGGAUAACAUUCUCGUGGAUGGUCGAAUCAAUUUGUACGAAGUACGGCCAAUAGCUGAGAGCUGCAGUGUUGAUGCACAAUCUUUGGAUGGGGGUAGUGUCACUGGAUCUUACAGAGCCAUUUCUGAAAACGAAACCAACAAACUGAGAGACAUUGCAUCUUCUUUGCUGGGGUUAAAAAAUACGGAAGAGUUGGUGAAAAUAACAAUUACAGAAGGCGACUGGUCAAGCCAUUUGAAUGAUUCCAAAAUCAACCUAUUGAGUGGGAAGGAUUUAAGGCUGUUCAAAGUUAACUGCAGAUUGAUCGAAAUGAACAAAUCAUGGAUCGGAAACUACAUAAACGAGACCAUGUUAAGUCUCAUGCUGUACCGUAUGCGAAAAGCUCUCGAAAAGUAGAUUGAAGAUUUAGUUUACAGAAAUUCCGUUUUCUCUCGUCAACAAUUUGAACCAAAUAAAACAUAGAUGAAGAAGUUACUGUGGACAUCGAUAAGAAAUAACCUGGAUUACUCUCCGGACAUGUUUUGACUUCGUGUUGGCAACAUCAUGUUGCUCACUUGAACGAACCAUGCACAAUUCUUUUUUCAAUUGUGAGAGACUAUUAGGCAAAUACCAAUAUAAUAUUGAGUGAAUCCGUGUAUCCAUUCUAUAUGUUCUUAACAAACGAUCGCACCACAUCCGUAAAAGAUUUUAGUUAUUACUUAGUGAUGUUCUAAUAUUCAGUAGUACAAACACACCAUCAUGACAUUUUAUGGGAGUUUUCUCACCAGAGAAGAAAACCCAAAUAAAACUUAAAUAUCUUAAGACGCAGAGGAUAACAAAUCUUCUAUCAAGCACAUAACCGUGCGAGCCACAACAAUGUGAUAUCUAUCAGCUGUGACAAUGUGAACUGUGAAUGCAAUAAGAAAUGAAUAGCAAUAAAACAUGCAUGGUUUGGUAAAUAAAGUAUAGUAGAUUUAAAAUUACUUUUAUCUGAAGGGGAGCAGAAGCGGACCAUUAAACCUUAGACAUGAGAUCUGAGACUUGAACCAUGAAACCUAAGACAUGAGAUACGAGAUAUGAGACAUCAAACCUGAGCCAUGGGCCAUCAGACAUAACACACGAGACAAGUUACGUGAGUGGUCU